AUGAGCAGACCUACCAAAAAUGACGACCAAGUUGUCCCUACUAAGGGGAUGGAAUGGUGGAGAAGGACGUUCCAGUAUAAGACAGGGCUUGGUUUAACGGCAGAGGAAAAGUCCAAAUAUGAGAAAGAUUAUUCGACAAUAUUGCAAAGAAGUCAAUGUGAGAAAUGUUACGAACAAAGAGAUUGGAUGUUGAAAUUUUCUCCUACGGUACGGUUUAUGACACAAAGGAUCUCCAGUUUACAACCUGGUAUUAAAUUUGAUGAGAAAAUAUUCUGCGAUAUAUGUGAUGAUACUAAGAGUGGUGGAUUCCAUCCGGAAUUGGGGAUACUACUUUGUCAAAAUCAACUAAAGGAUAAAUGGCAUUUGGAAGAUACUUUAUCUCAUGAAUUGAUUCAUUGGUUUGAUGAAUUGAAAUGGAAAGUUGAUUGGCUAAACUUGAAACAUCAUGCCUGUUCUGAAAUUAGAGCAUCUAACUUAUCUGGAGAGUGUAGAUUUUGGCAAGAAUUCUCCAGACGUGGAUUUGGAUUUAAAGUUUCAAGAGGUCAACAAAAUUGUGUUAAGAGAAGAGCUGUCUUAAGUGUCAUGGGCAAUCCAAGUUGCCAGAAUAAAGAACAAGCUGAACGAGUAGUGGAUGAAGUAUGGGAGAGCUGCUUCAAUGAUACGAGACCGUUUGAAGAGAUAUAUAGAUAG